AUUAUGGGUAGGCGUGGUUUCACGUGUCAUGGAGCUGGUAAGUUUCUUGCUUUACAUUUUACUUGGUUUCUUUCCAAAGUAUUGUCUAGGUAGUAGGCCAUGGCAGCCUUGUUAUGUCAUACGAGUGGAAGGUGUCACCAUUAUGCUGGACUGCACAUUGGAUCUUUUUGAAUUACUCAACUUUUUCCCUUUACCAUUGGUUUACAGUGAAAGGCUAUCUUCAACUCCCUUUUGUGAGUUAAAUAAUUUCACUAGCAAUGAACAGUCCGAAAAUAACAUCUUUCGUGAGAUAAUUGGUCGUAUUCUUAUUGACUCUCUUCCACUCGUUCGGAUUCCUGAGACAAAGUUGGUCGAUUUCUCAAUGGUCGACGUGCUCUUGAUUUCAAACUGUUUCUCCUUUCUUUCACUCCCUUAUCUUUUUGAGUUUGGUUUUUCUGGUAAAGUUUAUGCUACAGAGCCAACCAAACAAUUGGGAAGGCAGUUAAUGGAGGAAUUAUGUGAAUUUCUGUAUCGCUUGCCUACACCAUCAAAGAAUUGGAGAGAUGAAUCAAUACUACAAUCGUUGCCCGAGUGUGCCGUUAAAACCCUAACUGAUGUUAACUCUUGGAAAUCUUUUUAUAAGUCGGAUGACAUCACAUCAGCUAUUUCUAUUGUUCAAGGAAUCAGCUACGGACAAAAACUGGAUCUCUUUGGUUCAGUACAAGCGACUGCUCUUAGUUCGGGGUAUUGCCUUGGGAGCUGCAACUGGUUAAUGGAGACUAAAUAUUCAAAGAUUGGUUAUGUGUCUUCUUCCUCCACAUUCACGACUCAUCCCUGUCCAAUGGAGAGACAGUCCCUCUUAUCCUGUGAUGCGCUCAUUCUCUCGUCUCUCACCAACGCUCCGUCAGCUAACCCUGACACAAUGCUAGGAGAACUGUGCACUAAAAUGGCAACAACACUGAGGGGAGGUGGGAACGUCCUUAUACCAUGCUAUCCUACGGGCGUGGUUUAUGAUUUAUUGGAGUGUCUCCAUACAUUUCUCGAUAACGCUGGUCUGGUCGGUGUCCCCGUCUACAUGAUAUCGCCAGUUGCAAAAAACUCACUGUCACUUGCUAAUAUAUACGCCGAGUGGUUAUGCGAAGCAAAACAGUCAAAAGUCUACCAGCCGGAGCAUCCUUUCCCUCACGCUGAAUUCAUUAAGAGCGGACGUUUAAAGCAUUUCCCUAACAUUUAUGGGGACCUGGGCAAUGUGUACCAGACCCCUUGCGUGGUUUUUGCUGGCCAUCCUUCCCUCAGGUGUGGGGAUGCUGUACAUUUCAUGGAAGUAUGGGGAUCAUCUUCAAAGAACUCAGUUAUAUUUACUGAGCCAGGUUUUGAUUAUCUUCAUGCUCUGACUCCAUACCAACCUCUCAAUAUGAAAGCUUUCUAUUUCCCGAUCGAUCCUUGUAUGAAUUUCUUUGUCGCAAACAAACUCCUCAAGGAGCUACAGCCUCAAGUUCUUAUCACUCCUACUGAUUAUCUUCCGUCGGCAGCUCAGACUCAAAAGGACACAACUUGUCUCCAGCCAGAAAUGCCCUUUUAUGGUGUUAAAAGAGGGUCGGUCGUUAAAGUGGAGCUGGCAUCGAAAUACAAGAAGAUUGAAAUGACCUCUGAAUUAGCCAGUACUAUAUUCCCUCAAGAAAUUAAUCCUGGAGUAAUGGCGACCUCACUCUCUGGUCUGCUAACGAUAAGGAGUGGCAACAAUAAGCUCCACCCACUGCCACACCCAAAACCCAAGAACCUCUGGGGACAUACCAAUGCACAGUCGCUCAUAGAGGCACUGAAAGAACAUGGUAUUACAGAUAUUGUUUUAGACAAGAAGAACAAUCAAGACAUCGUUCAAAUUUUGGGUGGAAAGGCUAGUGUAUGCUUUAAUGAUGGCGAGACUAUCAUUCAAAACUGUCACGACGAGAAACUAAGAUUACUGCUAAAGGAUAUGUUGCUAAGACAGCUUAUUCAACUUUAAAUUUUAACGUAUAUACAUGUACAUAACAAAAAUCAUUAAAAUUGUACACUUUGUUUCUCAAAUGUUUUAAAUAGCAAUGAUAAUUAGAGAAAAGUUGAUUUUCUAUUUACA